AUGAUGAAGAGAAGACGCGAAGAGACCUUACCAUCGCCGACAAGAAGACUCCGUCACGGUGGAGAUAUCGAAAUCCCUCUCGAUGUAACGGUGGAGAUACUAAAAAAGCUCCCGACUAAAUCUUUAGCGAGGUGCCAAUUCGUUUCGAAGGAAUGGUCAUCAAUUAUCACCAUGCGUAGAGACUUCAUAGACUUCGUUAUGAAUCGUUCUUUGGCUCAGCCUAAACGUGAUGCAUAUUUCCUCGCUUCAGUCGACUACCGAGAAUGUUACUUAACCUUCCUGUCUAGUACUCAUCAAGACAAAGAAACAAUAUUAAUCCCUAAAGGAUUUCGGCAUUACCUCCGCGGCUUGGUAUGUUGUUGGUCAAAAUCUGGUCGGGUAGUUCUAUAUAACCCUACCACGAGGCGGUCCUUGUACUUACCAAAGAAGAAAACCAUUCACAUGGAGACUAGUUUCAUCGGAUACGACCCUCUUGAGAAACAAUAUAAAGUAUUGUUUCUACCAAAGUACAAUCCGGAGCAGCCUUGUCAACUUUUCACAUUGGGAGAAACAAAUACGAAGUGGAAGUCCAUCCAAGGCGUUGAAUCUCACCAUCCAUUGCAAGGUGCAGUUUGCAUCAACGGGAAAAUCUAUUACCAAGCAGGGAUUGCUGAUCAGUAUGACUCUACUUCUCUAUAUAUAUUGAUGAGUUUUGAUGUUAGGUCCGAGGAGUUUCAUAAUGUCGACGCUCCUAAAACAUUGAUGGAUUAUCGUUCCUAUCUGAUAAACUUCCAAGGGAAGUUAGGAUUCGUGUGUUGCGAGAAGGGCGUGGAGAUUUGGGUUAUGGAGACACAAGGAUGGUCCAAGAUUAUCUUUAGUGAUCAGAUGAACGUUCCUAAGAGUUGGUGUAGCAUAAGUGUUACUAGUGGUGGUGAGAUCGUUAUUGCCAGGUGUUGGUACCGCACAAAAGACGAGUUAGAUGCCUUUUAUUAUGAUCCGAAGCAAAAAUUUAUGAGAUUGAUGAGAAAUGUGGACCUUGAAAGCAUUUAUCCCAAGGGAAGGCAUACCGAUUGUAUACUCUGGACUGUUCCGGAUUAUGUUGAGAACACAAUGCGUUUGUAUUAG